AUGUCAUUAAAAGCUAUUGUUUUCGAUAGAGUCUUGGGAAAAUGUUCGGUGAAAAUACUAGAUCAGUUAUUGCUUCCUUACCAAACCCAAUAUUUGACAAUUAAUACAAUUGAUGAUGGUUAUAGAUCUAUCAAGAGCAUGCAAGUGAGAGGUGCGCCUGCUAUUGCUAUUGUUGGUGUAUUAUCGACUUUAAUGGAGUGUCAAUUGCUGUUACAAGAAUCAUUUGUGAAGACACAGUCUUUCUAUGACUUGACUCAACUAGAAAAGAUUUUGAAUGAAAGGCUUGAUUUGUUAUUAAGUUCGAGACCUACUGCAGUUAAUUUAUCGAAUGCGAUCACAGAUCUCCGCAAAUUGAUUUCAAACGACAUCGGCAAGACUUACAAUUCUCUUUUCCAAUAUGCUUGUGAUAUAAUUGACCACGAUUAUGCAGACAAUUUCACAAUGGGAGAAAACGGUGCCAAGCAUUUGUUAGCGCAGUUGGAAAAAGAAGCUUUCGAAGGAGAUUUUGGAGUCUUGACGAUUUGCAAUACAGGUUCACUUGCUACCUCAGGGUAUGGCACAGCGUUAGGUGUUAUCAGAUCUUUAUAUGAGAGAACAAAGAAGCAAAUCAGCGGGGAUGAACAACCAAAGAGGACGAAGACUUCGAAUGCCAAAAUGGUUCGUGUAUUCCCAUUGGAAACACGUCCUUACAACCAGGGAUCCCGCUUAACUGCAUACGAAUUGUUACAUGAUGAAAUUCCAUCCACGUUGAUUACAGACUCAUCCAUUUCAUACCUAGUAUCCACAUCAAAGAUACCUAUCAAAGCUGCAUUCGUUGGUGCUGAUAGAAUAGUUAAGAAUGGUGACACGGCCAAUAAGAUUGGUACUUACCAAUUGUCAAUCGUCUGUAGACACUUUGGGAUCAAGUUUUACGUUGUCGCACCAACUACUACUUUUGAUAGCAAUACAGAAACUGGGGACAAGAUAGUGGUUGAGGAAAGACCUCCAAAUGAGUUCAGAUUUGUUCAAGGUACUCUAAUCGACGGAACUGACCCAACUCCGGUAUUGAACGAAUCCAAGACUCCCGUGAAGGCCAAAGUUGGAAUUACACCUUUAGAUAUGCCAGUAUGGAAUCCAUCAUUUGAUAUCACUCCAUAUACUCACAUCGAUGGUAUUAUAACUGAGAAAGGAGUGUUCGCCAAGGAUGAGAAUGGUAAUUUUCACUUGGAAACUGCCUUCCAGUGA